AUGAAACAAUAUCAAUGCUUAACAAAAAACUCUUCUUUAGCCUCAGCAAUCUAUGUACCAUUCUACCCGGGUCUACAAGUCAGCCCGUAUCUAUGGAACGGGUCCAGCCCAUCAGUAAGGGAUUCAGGAGCCCUAGAUUUUAUAUCAUGGGUAAAAGAACAACCCGAAUGGAAUCGGGUAAUGGGUAAAGAUCAUUUCUUCAUAGUAGGAAGAAUUAAUUGGGAUUUUAACAGAUUCGAUUCUGUUCAUGGUUGGGGUUCAAAACUUCUAACAUUACCCGAAUCCAAAAACAUGACAGUAUUAUCCAUCGAAACAAAUUACCCAAAUGAAAACGAAUUUGCUGUUCCAUACCCAACAUAUUUCCACCCCUCUAAUGUUCUAGAACUUCAUCAAUGGCAGGAAAAGGUCCAGAGUGUUCCAAACAGAACCUUCCUAUUUGUUUUUGCUGGAGCUCCAAGACCCGGAAAUGGCGGGUCUAUCCGGACCCAGUUGAUAAAUCAGUGUAAAAAAGCAUCUAAUAGUUGCACAUUAGUUCAUUGUUCACAAAACGAUGAUUUAUGCAGUACACCCACACAUAUUAUUGAUGUAUUUAUGGAUUCCCAUUUUUGCCUGCAGCCUGCAGGGGAUUCUUAUACUCGUCGUUCUACUUUUGACUCGAUUUUGGCGGGUUGUAUACCCGUAUUUUUUCACCCACAAUCUGCUUAUAAGCAGUAUAUUUGGCAUUUACCAGAAAAUUAUACAAGUUAUUCUGUAUUUAUACCAGAAGAUGGGAUUAGAAAUGGGAGUAUAAGUGUUGAAAAGGUGUUGUCUGAGAUUUCUGAGGAGAAAGUAAUAGGAAUGAGAGAAGAGGUGAUUAAGUUGAUACCAAGAAUUGUUUAUGCUAAGAAUAAAUUAGAGGGAUUUGAAGAUGCAUUUGAUAUUUCUAUUAAGGAAGUUCUUAAGAGGAUUCAAAAUUAUAAGGAUUUGAUUUGA